GAUCGAAAUUUGAUAAUGUCGGAACCAGACAAACCAAACACGGCGCUAUUGAGCCGAGUAAGACGGAAGCCGAUUAGAGCCGUCAAGCACUGCAGCUACCUAAUUAGCUCAGUAAAUUACAGUCUAAUCACCACUACAAAAAUAUCCCUCUCUACUAAACCACGGUUUACUAUCCGUACAUCUCUAGCUGCCGCGUGUCCCGAGAAACGCGCUUCUUUCCUUCACCGCCCUAUUUAUUAACCCCUCUCCCCUCUCCUCCUCAAUUCCUUCUCUCACCUCUACCUCUCUAGAUUACUCAUUACCUCCAUUUUUGCACCGCGAUACCAACUCAGAUUUCUCCAACUUACGCUUUCACCACCUAUUUUUCACAUCUUUUCUCUGUUUCAUGGCGUAAUUGAAAGCCGUUUGAUAUUAAAAUUCGCUUCAUUUUCGUUAUUCUGUUUGCUUUUUGGGGGGGAAGUGUGACGAUUGUGUUCUAAUUGCGGGUGUUGAUUGAGAAGUGGAACCCAAAAAAAAUGGCGUCUGAUAAUUUGAUGGCGAUGGAGCAGCCGUGGAUGUUCCGCCCGACAUUCGGCGACGCUUGGCUCGCCGAUAUCUUCACCAAGGAAACCGAUACCCUAACAAAGGCUCUGCAGAAAUCGAUCUCGACGACGUCGUCCGACUGUGAUGCUUUCUCCGCCGAAAUGGUCGAUUCGCUCUUUGCGAAGCCGGAGGCCCCGGCGCCGCUCCAGACGCCUACCGCCUCCGGAGGCUCCGAGAACUACGCGCCGGUGUCGAAGCAGCGCCGGAGCGUGCCGCCGAGCGGCAGGGUCGCGAAGCGGAAGUCGCGCGCGUCGAAGCGCGCGACGACUACGUUCAUCACGGCGGAUCCCGCGAACUUCCGGCAGAUGGUGCAGCAGGUGACCGGGGUGAGAUUCGGCGGCUUCAGCGAGCAGCUUCCGGUGCUGAAGCCGGAGCCGCAGAGGGCGUUCGGCCGGAUGCAGCAGGGCACUGCGUUGCCGACAUUCGACACGUCGGUUCGCUUGCUGGAUGGCUCCGCCGCGUCUCUGGCGGCGCCGCCGUAUAUGAUGUCGGUGGGAGCGGGUGAUGGCGGAACUGGCGCGGGGGGAAUUGACUUCGACUCCUUUUGCAGCUUCCCGACCCUGGAGUCGUCGAGGGUUAUGUAGUUAGGGAGAAAAUUGUAAUUGUAGUUCUCUUUCUUUCUUUCCAGUUAGCCUGCAAAGAAACUUGGGGGAGGGGUAAAAUGGGGAGCUCUGUUAAUAUCUGUGGUGGGGGGGUGGGGUGGGGUGGGGGAAGAUCAAGGCGUGUAAGGAUGGAACUCUGUUUUUCUAAUUAUCUUUAGUACUAUAUUUUUUUUCCAUCACUAUAUGAUGAAGUAUUUUGAGUUAAUGAUGGUUGUUUAAUUGUUUUGAAUAGCCGAUGUCUAUUUGCAAAUGAUAAACACCAUUUUUCUGGCUAAUUAAUUUCUCUUAAUGUAGUUAGGAGGAAUUCCAAUGGUUUUUUUUUUAGAACAAAUGGUAUUGAUCUUUGAUAGUAAGAUUAAAUUUUACUGUUGUGUUUUGUCGAA